CAUGAAGUGUGUGUAAACAAACGAGAUAUCAAAAGAUUUUGCACUUUUGAGGUUAUCUUUUCUUUAAGCACAACAGUUUAUUUUAGGACUUUUGUAACCUGGAAAAAUUUAUAUAUUUGUAUAUAUAGGAAUAAUUGCCCGUUAAUAUAUUCUACAAUGGUAUGAUAACAUGUACACCAACAAAAGGGUGCUGAACAGUGGACAGUCAAAAAAGUCAUUCCUGAAAUAUCAGUCAGUUUAGAAAUAGCAAACUGCAGAGUAUAUUUACAUUUAUGUAUUUAAAAGUACUUUUAACUUUUAAUUGUUGCAAUGAUUCAAACAAUCUUACACAAGGUGCCAUACAUGUAGGUUGUUGUUAACGAAUGUGUCAAAUGAAGGAACGAUGUGUGGCAAUUAUGAACAGAAGUAAAUCAUUGUUUUUAGGAAGAAAGAUAAUCUUAUGUAUCACAUUAUCAGCGUUAAUCAUUUCAUUUGAAAUCUUUUUUCAUCAAUCGAUCGGAACUAAUAUCCGUAAACCUGACAAAAUAAGCAAUUAUAACAUUGCCCAAAAAGGACUGAACUCUGUGUUUUUGUCUUUAGUAGAAUCGUCUUCUGGCUGGCUGUAUGUUGAUUGUGAAUUUGAGGUUAAAAAUGCUCCUUUUAUUUGGGAGAAAUAUAUUCAAAGUUGGUUUAAUAUAACAUAUCAUCUAUCUAUUUCACAUAAAAAUCACUCACUAGGCACUUUGAAACUUGACCCUGAGAAUACACAAAGUCUUUAUAAAAAUCAGAGAAAAGGUUAUCAGGUACUUGGUGAAAUUAUCGAGCGCAAUGAUCUGAAUCGACUGAGACGUUGGAAUGGACUAAGUGAAAAUGAAAUAUAUAGCGGAAGAAAAGCAACGUUUUAUGAUGUAAUUGUGUUCUCUAAUGGAUGGAUUAUACAUAAAACAAAACAGCUUGCCGUUAGAAAUGGGGGAUGUUUGUCUGAAAACAAAUUACUGAUGCACAAUGCGACAGUGACGAGAUAUAAACGCGUUGUGUCUAUUGCAGUAUUCUGGGGUGAAGGAGCAUGGCAUUUUCCUAUGGAAGCUCUAGUUGGAUUAGCAUAUAUUACUGAGACAGAAAAAUGGAGCAGUUUUAUACAUGUGACUCAGAAAAAUAAAUUGGUGCUGCAAUGGUUAAAAUUAGUUGGGAUAAAUGAAAAACGUGUAAUACAUGGUACAAUAUUAGCUGAUUAUUUAAUUGUUCCUGAAAUCGGGAAAUGUGGUAGUCCCUCUCAGGAUCACAUCCAAUGGCUGUAUACAAAAAUAAAUAUUAGUGUUCCAUUCAAAAGAAACACUAUUUUAUUAAUUAAAAGAAAUAAAAGUCGUGUCAUGCCACAUUUCGCUAAAAUUCAAAGAUUCGUUGAAAAAUUUGCAAAAGAAGCAAACAUAAACUUUUUUCUCCAUGAUGAUAAUUUUUUACCAUCUUUACAUGAUCAGUUACAACGUUUUGCAAAUGCUUCGAUUGUGAUUGGUCCACAUGGUGGAGGCAUGGUAAAUCUGAUUGCAUCACCUAAAGGAGCAUGUGUUAUAGAGUUUUCACCAAUGGAGGCAAAUGUAUGUUACAUGCGUUUGAGUUAUUUAUUAGGGUUAACAUAUGUUUCCAUUCCUUUGUAUGGAAACAACACAGUAAAAGAAAACAAAAUAAAGGAUGCAUUGAAUUAUUGUCAAAGAAAAACUAAUACAAAUUUUUAAAUUUACUGAAAUAUAAACUCAAAAAGAGAGUUACAUGACUUGUGAUUUUUUUUUUUCGUUGAUGUUUUUAAGGAAUAAACUCAUACAUUUUGCA